AUGGAAACGCAAGACAUAACUGCGGUACUGCCCAGUGGGAAACAGCAGACUGUCACGCUAGCAGUAUCAGCCAAGGUUCAGGAACUCAAAGAGAUUUUGCAGCGAUGCUUCGAUCAACAGUUCUUGGUCAUCCUGGACGCGCGAGGUCAAGCGGUCAUGCUCCAGCUCGACCACGCCAUCCUCAUAGGUUCAGAGUUUCAAGUUGAAGCAGCGAAUGCUCGUACCUUUCGCAUCGCCCAGCAAGCGACUUUCAAAGAACUCCGGCUGCGCAAGCUUUUGGGCCGUAUUGCUGAAGCCCAAAACCAGCAAAGCCGUGGCCGCCAGCCACCGGCCAUCCUGAUCCGUCGUAUCUUCUCUCAUCCUUUUGUUGUCAGAGAAGGCUUGCAAAGCUUAGGUGAAGCCAGGGAAUGGGCACAGCAAGAAUUGCGUAGCCAUGUCCAAAGCACUCAAACAGAGCAGCUCCAAGCUUGGCGCGAGCGUAUGAGGAACUCUUCAGCCAAGCCUCUAGGCUGCGUGGCACAGCCGCCGGAUGCGAUGGGUGGUCAGGUUCCCACGGUUUGGAAAAGUAUUCGGCAAAUUUUGCUCCAAAAACCAAACGCUAAGUUGCGUGACACGGAUCACGCGUUGCCAGCCAAAGAUUUGCGGCCAAUUGCGAUUCAGAGCGUCAUCUGGCGCGCCAUUGCCUCUGCGUGGACGCGCAGACCGCAGACGCGAGCUUGGGUCACGAGCUGGGUCCACUCCUCAGCCUGUGGCGGCAUCCAGGGGAAAAGUGUCGACACUUCGAUCCCUCAGGGAGACGCCAUCAGCCCUUUGACUCUUCUUGCGGUCCUCACUGGCCUCACAGGCCGGGUGUUGCAAGCAAGGCCUGAACCACACACUUUGGUCACCUUUUUGGAUGACCGAAACAUGGUGGCUAAAACGCCCGAGCUAGCGGCCCGGUUGUGGGACACCUGGAAACAGCUCUCACCGAAGGUGGGUUUGAAAGAGAACGAAGAAAAAAUUCAAAUCGUGGCUCGGCAAGCUGCCUUUAAGCCCAGAUUGAUUGCCGCGGGUUUCGACGAAACUCACAUUGUGCAAGGUACAUGGCUCGGCACGGUCCGUAGCUGGCUCCAAAGUUUGAAUUGGCAUGAAGAGGUUCUUGAAUUUCUUGGGUCGCAGUGUCUACUUGGCCUGGUGAUGUGCCCACCUGGCAUCACCUUGCGUGGGAAUGCUCUGCUUUUAGAGACACGCGUGGCGCUGUGCCACAAGAUCCUUUGCAAAGAGUACUUGGCUGGCCGUUUGGCCAAGACCACCAGACUGAUGCAUCCGUUCUUGAACACUUGGGCAACGUUCGGGAGCGAAUGCUUGAUCGCCGAUAUCGCGGAAGGGUCGCUUGUCACCUGGGGAAAGGCCACCUUGCGAGACAUGGCCGGAUGCGCCAGAGGAAGCUUCUUUGUCCAAAAGUUGCGUGGUUGGGAUGGUGUGCCUAGGGAAGGUGAUUCACAAAAGCCGAAGUUGGCAAAAGCACCAGCAUCAGAAGCCUUGCAGGCCAGCACAAGCCCGCAGAGGGGACCUGACCGUUGCAGUCUUGCCCAACGGCUGGCAGCAGGAAGGACGUUGGAGCUGCUGACAACACUGAUGGUAGUGCAUUUCCUGAAGAUCUGUGCUGCCAAAGUCACACAGUUGCAGCCCAGAGGAGGUCUCUUUGCUUUCCGGGACGAUCAGCCGGUGUUCAUUCUGAGUGUAUGGACAAGCAGAAAAAUUACUUUGGCUGAUGUGGUUCCAUUGAAGCAGGCAACUUUUCAAGGACGAACCGUCCUCAAAGCCAAAUACACAGAGACCCGCACAUGCAGAUGGAGUGAGCUCAAAGAUGUCGGCUUACAUUUCCAGGUUGCCAACUGUGCGAAUGAUCGCCGUGGAGCGAGCUUGCUGUUCCAGAAGCAACCGGGGGAACACAAGGAGAUCAAGGCGCACCUGGCCGAACGAGCUGCUUCAGGUAUUACCCAUCACGCGGCCCCACGCGCAGAUGAGAGCCGUUCCUUUUGGAUUCUGGACCUGCCAUUGCCAGUGCAAGUGGAUGGUCGCCGCCAUCGCUGCCAUACGCGGGCUUUGGUGGAGCAAAUCUGUGGCAAUGCUCUUUCCCUCAAUGUAGCUGGGCGCAUGAAAGAAUUUUGCAGUGCAGUGCCCAAAUCUGUAUCCAUCCGCUCCAUUCUCAUGGCAGCAUUGGAAGAUUACACCAAGGCAGCUUCACGCGAGAUGCAGCGGCUCAUCAAUGUGUACAGUGGUUCAGUGAUCAGAGGAGAUGGAAACCAGGAUGUAGCAAAAAGGAUUACAAUGUAUGAUGAAGCAGGUCAGAAAACACACCCAUAUACGGUGCUCCUAGCUUGGGUCACGGUAGACGGGGCCUUGUUUCAGCCUGUAACAGCAGCUGAAACAGAAGACUGGGUCGACUUGCAACCUGAUCUGGAUGCUGUGGUAACCAACCUGAAACAGGACAGGCUGGCAUCAGGCCUGUCCUUAGCUGAGGCAGCCCCAGUAGCUCACGCCACGGACAGUUUCAGAAAGCAGCGAUUGCUGCUUGAUGCAUUUUACAAAAACAAGUACCCCAAGGAGCAAGAGGUGGAGGCGUGUCUCCAACCAUCGUAUGCGGAGAUCCGCUGCAUGACCAGUUGGCGCUACAGCGCAAGGUAA